CAAUCCUUACCCCUGCCAUAUAAGGAGAGGCAGCUGCUAGGGGCGUCCCUAGGAUCUAAAGAUAGAGGCCCUUGUGCCUGGGACUCCAAAACCCACAGGGCAGCUGGAGUCACUAUGGAACGGUGAGUUUCAGGCCGCCAUCGUACCUUGCCCCUCUCCCUGCAGAUUCCCUGCCCCGCGUCUUGUAGAAGCUGCUGAUUCUGCCCGGAUCCACCGGAGCGCUGGACUCCAGGCAGCCCGCCCGGACCCUGUGGUAUGACAGACCCAAAUAUGUUUUCAUGGAGUUUUGUGUUGAGGACAGCACCGACGUGAAUGUGCUCAUUGAGGAUCACCGCAUUGUGUUCAGCUGCAGGAACGGUGAUGGAGUGGAGCUGUACAAUGAGAUUGAGUUCUAUGCCAAGGUGAACUCCAAGGACUCCCAGGAUAAGCGCUCUGGUCGCUCUAUCACUUGCUUUGUGAGGAAAUGGAAGGAGAAGGUGGCCUGGCCACGGCUCACCAAGGAGGAUAUCAAGCCCGUGUGGCUCUCUGUGGACUUUGAUAACUGGAGAGACUGGGAAGGAGAUGAUGAGGUGGAACUGGCUCAGGUGGAGCAUUACGCAGAGCUUUUGAACAAGGUCAGCACCAAGAGACCUCCCCCUGCCAUGGAUGAUCUAGACGAUGAUUCUGAUAGUGCGGAUGCAGCAACUAAUUAGGUUUCUGUGACAGCAGAGCUGGGGAGGAGGCUGUAGCUACCUUCUGUCGUAUGGAAAGGCUAUGGUGCACCUUCAUCAACUGUUUUGCUAUGCAUCAAGAUCCACUGAGACCUCCGAACUUUUCCAGAAGCUUUUCUUCCUUCCUUCCUUCCUUCCUUCCUUCCUUCCUUCCUUCCUUCCUUCCUUCCUUUCUUUCUUUUCUUUUUUUUUUGCCUUUCCCUCCAUGGGUGUUGUAUGUGCCCUGCUGGAUCUUUCUUUCUUUCUUUCUUUCUUUCUUUCUUUCUUUCUUUCUUUCUUUCUUUCCUUCCUUCCUUCCUUCCUUCCUUCCUUCCUUCCUUCCUUCCUUCCUUUUUGGAGACAGGGUUUCUCUGUGUAGCUUUGGAACCUGUCCUGGAACUCGCUCUGUAAACCAGGCUGGCCUUGAACUCACAAAGAUCUGACUCCUCAGAAGCUUU